AUGUAUAUCUAUCUAUCGCUCUGUUCAUAUAUAUCACUAAUUCUAUCUAUCUAUCUAUCUAUCUAUCUAUCUAUCUAUCUAUCUAUCUAUCUAUCUAUCUAUCUUCUUCAAUAUAUCUAUAUAAAUAUAAUUAAAAUAUAUAUAUAUAUAUAUAUAUAUAUAUAUAUAUAUAUAUAUAUAUAUAUCACGAAUCCUAUCUAUCUAUUCAUAUAUCUCAAAAAUCCUAUCUAUCUAUCUAUCUAUCUAUCUAUCUAUCUAUCUAUCUAUCUAUCUAUCUAUCUCACUACGAAUCAAUAUUCGAUAUUUGCAAACGUUUCAAAGUCGAUUCAAAUUCGAUACAUCAUUUAUUCUCUUAUUGUCUUAUUCUCAUUCUCUCUUAAUCUAUCUCUCUCUCUAUCUAUCUAUCUAUCUAUCUUUCUAUCUAUCUAUCUAUCUAUCUAUCUAUCUAUAUAUAUAUAUAUAUAUAUAUAUACAUAG